CCUCCCUUCAACCGAUCAAGCGUCUCUUCUACACACAUCUUCUCUCCUUCUCUCCUGCACACCAUCCUCCCUCUCCCCUUCUACUCAAUGUUUUUUUUUCUCAAUGGAUUUUUUCUGCACAACAGAUCGAUCGAGUACUCAAUCUCUGCACUCAAAUCGAUCAACUUCACCAUAUAGUUCGUACUCCAUCGUCGAUUUCAUCCUUAGCUUAGCCCGCCGCCGACUCCACCACACGCAACCGCUGUUUGGCCAGUGUGUUGUGAAGGUGGUGUCGGUGCUUGGAGUUGCAGUGGUAGCCUCUAGAUCCGAGUCUCAUGGUGGUUUUUCUAACAAGCAGCAACGGCGAUCGGAGUGGGCGGCGGCAGAGGAUUAUAACGUUGGUUGGGGCGACGACGGUGUGGGCGGCGACGGCAAUGAUGGCAGCGGUGGCGAUGAUGAUGACGGAAGCGCUUGCGAUGGCGGCUACAGGCGUUGGCGGCGCGGGUGGCUGAAGUGCUCGUGUUGAAAUUUUAGGGUUCAUCACAUUGUAAUUUUACAAUUUUAAUUAUAAAUUCAAAUAAAAGGUGAAUGGGGACAUUUUUGUACAACUAGGUGAUUUUAAGUCCUAUGAAACAUAGUUUAGUUUUUUAGUUCUAUUUGUGCAAAUGGUUAUACUUUUAGUCCUAUAAAGAUAAUUAACUCCAAC